AUGCCUGAUAAAAGGAGAUUUUUCGACCAUAGUCCUGCUAGGAGGCAAGUAGCACAAAAGCCAGAAACACGCAAAAAGGGGAAUAUUGAUGAGUAUUUGUUCGAUUCGUUUCAGUCUGAAUUAAAAUCAAUAUUUUCAGAUUUAAAAUCACAGACCGUCAAACAACUGUUUUAUGAAUUUCAUAGUAAGCCUGAAGCAUUGUCACUCGCAAUAAAUGCAUAUUUAGAUAAUCCCAGGAAGUAUCAACAUGGAGACUGUACAACAAACAAAGAGCACACUUUUUCCACGCCCUCAAACCAUAAUAUUAGUUAUAAAGUUGAUGAUUUAUCAGAGAAGACCCUAGAUUCUGAAUUACAUGUUAAUAAGAGACAAAAGCGGCUAGCCAACUGGAGGAGAUACGUGGGCACUUUUGAAGUAGAAUGUUGGUGUACAAGAUACGUGGCCGGCUUGCUUGACCCCAAUGAAAAACUGUUGUUAUCUAACAGCGAACCCCAAUGUAACUUUGUUCAUGUUAGUAAAAUCGAGAAGUCAGGGAACAGGCGGGAGAUUGGGAGAUUCUUGGAGAGGUAUGCAAAAAUGAUAGCACCAUUGAUGGAAAGUCAUGGUAUUGAGUUUAGUGCGUCAUUGAGCCCUAUGUCAAAUAGGAAACUUAGGACCGGAGAUCCAUUUUACAUAACGCUUGACUGCUUUGUGACUGAUCAACUAUUCGAACCAAGACCCUUUGAUGAAGGGGACUUGGAGAGCACGUUAAAAAAUGCCCAGAAUGGCAAGUCAGCGAACACCCACUUUGCUAUGGAUAAAGGAGCUGCAUUAAUCAGCUUGUUUAAGCAGUUGCACACACUUUCGGAGAGCAAUCAGAGUUCAGAAGCAAGAAAGUUAGUAAGUCUUGAGGAACCAGAAGAGAAAAGCAAGAAACUGUUUCUGGACCAGCAUUUAGAGGAGAAUGACGCAGUGAUGACCAUGAAUCAGCUAAAAUCUUUGUAUCAAUCUACUGAACUAAAUUAUGAGGAUACACGUCUUCCGGAUUCAAUACCCAAUGACUUUAUGUUGGAAUUACGUCCUUAUCAAAAAUACGGAUUGAGCUGGAUGCUUUUCCGCGAGCAAGAAUAUGAUUUGGUUGGACUCAACAAUCCACAAGUGACAGAUGAAGAGAAAGAAGACCUCAAAAAGAAGAUCGCAGAAACGAGUGGCACUAAAAAUCCUUUAUGGAAAGAAUGCAAAUGGCCUACGUUCUCAUCAAGAUCAGAUGAUUCAUGUGGAAAUACGGAAGAAUCUUUCUAUGUGAAUCUCUACACAGGUGCAUGUUCUCAUUAUUGCCCUAUGAUACAGAACCAUUCCUAUGGUGGAAUACUAGCUGAUGAAAUGGGAUUAGGGAAGACAAUUACGACUCUUGCGCUUAUUCUCAGCUGCCACGAAGAUAAAUCCUACACUCAACCACGCCGCAGAGAUAGAUAUGCUCAUAAGACUACGCUUGUUGUUGUUCCCAUGGCAAUAUUAUCUCAAUGGGAAAGGGAAUUUGCAAAGGCCAAUGGUAAUACGCACAGAAUAUGCUAUAUAUACUAUGGCACUGAAACCCUAGGUGAUUUGAGUCUUUUACUAUGCGAAAACCCCACUGCACCCACUGUGAUAUUGACCACAUAUGGAACUGUUCAGAGCGAAGCAGCAAGAAUCAAUAAGACAGGCAAUAGAAUAGGUUUGUUUUCUGUUACUUUUUUCCGUAUCAUCAUUGACGAAGGUCACAAUAUUAGGAACAAAUCAGCAAAGACAACAAAGGCUGUACUUUCGCUCUUAUCAAGAAGAAAAUGGGUUCUCACAGGUACUCCAAUCGUCAACAGAUUAGACGAUUUAUACUCACUUUUAGUUUUUUUGGAUCUGCAACCGUGGGCGAAGCAUUACAUUUGGAGGCGCUUUAUUACAGAACCGUUUGAUCAGGGGAGAGACUUGGAUGGUGCAUUCGCUCUAUUGAAAUCAAUUUUGGAUCCAAUAAUUCUUCGAAGAACAAAAGAUCAGAAGGACAAAGAUGGAAAUCUACUAGUGUCACUACCGUCGAGGGAGAUCAUAAUCGAAAGACUGAAGUUCAAUGAAAAAGAGGAAGUUCUUUAUAAUCAUCUGAAAGCUAAGGCAAUCAACGUGCUCAAUGAAAAUAUGAAGGCAGGGCUUGUUCUGAAAAACUACUCGUCGAUUUUAACUCAUCUUUUGCGUCUACGACAAUCAUGUUGCCAUUUGGACCUCAUCAGGUUGUCUUUCAGAGAUAUUUUGAACGAGGAUGAAGACCUGAAAGAGAGCUCGAACUUGGUGGCAGAUCAGGCUGUAGACGAGAGUUAUCGAAUUUUGCAAGAUCUUGAGAAAGAAGAAGAAAAAAGCAAACUAUCUUUCGAGAAAUUGCUUUCCAUGAAGAGGGAAAUUUACCAAUCCUAUCCAAGCUUUGACGAUGUCGAAUGCACCAUUUGCACAGGUCCCAUUGAGAUUGAAACAUGUGUGAUUACUGAAUGUAAACAUUGUUUUUGUCUCGGCUGUCUUAUGGAGCAUUUCAACUUUCAGUCACGGCUUCACAAAUCCAUCAAUGCUAGCAACAAUUUGAAUGAAUCUCAGAUUCCCGACAUUUCGAUACUUUCCAAAGAAGUACUUUGUCCUGUUUGCAGACACUCAAUUCAUAAGAACCGUUUAUUCAGAACUUUCAAACCUGAGUUCAAAGGUCGUCCUUCUUCAAAGGCAGAUAAUUACGACGCUUACCUGACACAGGUUGACCAUACGCAUGAAAGAAACUAUUAUAUUCGUCCAUACAAUCCUUAUGGGAAAUCAUCGAAAAUUAAUGCUCUCCUCUCACACCUUCAGCAGAUUUAUGAAGAAAAUCCUGGAGACCAUGUAAUUGUAUUCUCCCAAUUCACAAGUUUUUUGGAUCUUGUCGAGAAAGAGCUGAAGAGAUACACAUCAAAUUUCAGAAUCUUGAAGUUUGAUGGGAGAUUGAACGUGGAUCAAAGACAGGUAAUACUAAACGAGUUUAACACAAAAACAAUAGACGGGAAAAUAACCGUUCUUUUGAUCAGUCUGAAGGCAGGAGGGGUGGGUUUGAAUCUUACUAUUGCAUCGAAAGCUUUUCUGCUUGACCCUCAUUGGAAUAAUGCCACCGAGUUCCAAGCGAUAGAUCGUAUUCAUAGAGUUGGACAGAAUAAAAGUGUGAAAGUUGUUAGAUUCAUUAUGGAAGGAAGCAUAGAGGAAAGAAUGCUCAAGAUUCAAGAACGCAAGAAUCAACUCGGAGAGGCAUUAUCUAUGAACGAUGAGGAGAGACGAAAAAAGAAAGUCGAGGAAAUCAAAAUCCUAUUUGCUGAUUGA